UGUGUAUUUCUGUUCAGUCAUCGAUAUGGAUGUGUAUCAAGAAGUAGGUGUACCGGAGUUUGGUGCUCCUUGGCCCGCCAUGACGAUGCCCGAACAAGGAGUGAUUGGCCAAUUUACCAUUUUCUUCGCGCUUAUACUUGGAGGACUAAAGGAUUUUCUCUUCUCUCUAGAAGAGGAAUGGUUUGGAGCAACCCAUCAUGGAGUGGGAUGGGAGCUCACUCUCCCUGCUGCCCUGGUUGUUUUUGGUGUGAUAUUACUAUGGAGGACCGUCCUUGCGAUCAAAAGCAGGAUACGUCUAUUGACUGAGACACAGCUAAACGUGAAACUCGCCCAGCUAUCGAAAAAGAAAUGUGACAUAAUGAUUCAAUUGUCUGAAAUGGAGAUACUGUUGAAGGACUAUGACGCGCCAGUGAAAAGGUUGCGGGCAUGCCUGCAGUCCUCUCAGGAGGAUAGUCAGGAGCUGGAGGAUAUGAAGAAACAAUGGGACAUCAGAGCUGGAGAAAUGGAGGCAUUUCAUCUCCAGCUCCAGGAGCGUGUUGAACGCAUACACAAACUGAAAGCUGUUUGGGGACCGAUGGAACCACUUAAAGAGCAUCACGGUGGGGAUGCCAGGAUCCCUAGUGCCACCAACACCCAAUCUACCGUUACAGAUAUCAAGAGUGAGGAAAACAUUGAGAUCGAGGUCACUGUGAUGAAGGAUGCAAGCUUAAUCAAAACCACACUGGAGGAGGUGAACAGGGGUCUUCGGGACAAGAAUUGUCAGCUUGAAGAGAAGAAUGCUGCUCUACAUCAAAAACUCCACAGCACUGAGAAGAUGUAUAGACAGACUCUAAACGAGCUGACCAAAGCCCUGAUUCAAGGCAAACAUGAGGAAAAGCAACAUAUUGACACGCUACAAGAGAAAAUCCAGACCAUAUCUCGGAGAGCCUCUGCUGCUGAGCAUGCUCUGGCCAUGGAGAAGAAUGAGGCAGUGCUACUCCGCCAGAGGAUUUUUCAACUGACCUCAAAGAAGCUGAAAAUAGGAAAACCUGGGUUCCUGAUCAAGACCAUCCCCAAGCCCCCGAAAACAACCAAGACCAACAAACCCUUCUUGAAAACCUGCAAGGUUCUGAAAGCUUUCAAAGCACUACUCAAGAUAUGAAGGCAAUGCAUACAAUUGUACAUUUGGUGCAAUUAUUCUCAGGACACGAAGCAGAGUACAAUAAAUAAAUUCAGAUGCCUUAUUCCAUCAAACAACUGCAAUAAGUCUUCUUUAAAAUCAACCAAGCUAAAUUGGACACUUGUUUUAUGUCAUUUAUAUGGUAGGUCUCAUUAGAUAUCAUCCAACUCUUUAAAAAUGCCUUUGUAUGCAGAUUUCUGCUCUGUUUCCAUUAGGUAAGAUACAACUCCAUGGGGCUUACCUGCCAAGACCUC